AUGGAAAGGAUGUUUACUCAGAAAAGGAAGGGACUAAAGUGGAACUUGGAGAUUUGUCCCUCAAUUAGAAGGAAGAUUGAGGACAUGAAGAAAAUACAGAGGUUUUGGGGAGUAAUUCCAAGUAGUUUUCAUCAAUAUGGGAGUAGAUGGUUGGAUGAGGUGUAUGCAGUUGACUUACAUAAAAGAACCUGUGGAUGUAGAUCAUGGUAUAAUGUUAAGCCAAUAAAUGGACAUGAAAUGUGGCCAUCAAAUGAUAUGAAUACUAUCUUACCACCAAAGCGUAGAAGAAUGCCUGGCAGACCAAAGAUAAACAGGAAGAAAUGCAUUUCAGAAAGAAGUGACAGACACAAUGAGGAGGUUGGAGGUGAUUCAGAGAAAGAAGUUGGAGGAGAUUCAGAGGUGGAGGUUGAACAAGUGGUUGAUGAAGAAGUGGUGAAUCCUGGAAAUCAUCAUGUGGUUGCUCCAUCUUUGAAAAGGAGAAAGUGUGGUCCUUCCUAG